AUGUUUGGAAUAAGCGGGGUGGUUCCUUGGACCUUUGCGCUCCUUUGCGUUUGUUUGACGCUGUUGAAAAUGGAAGGCGAAGGAAGGGCACCUUUGUAUUGUUAUCAAACAUGGGGAUGCCGAAUAAACGGCGGAACGAGCCUGAAUUCCUAUGCGCUCGUCCUCGCAAAGCUGAGGAUCCUGUUCCACCCUGUAUUUGGGGAUUUCGUGAAGGAUUGUGGAGACCUAAAACCGACUCAUGAAGAUUAUCGCUUUGUCCGGGAAUUUUCGUAUGAGAUGUGCAAGUUUCACGCGGACUAUCGUCUCCGCACGCAGACAUUCAGGGAGGUGGUUGACUCCAUCUCCUAUGGUAUACCCCUCUAUGCUGGUGACUAUCAUUUGGUGAUCGGAAAGUUCGUGUCAGUGGUAGCAGCGGGGAGGAAUGAGAUCGGAGAUGUCGGUGCCGAACCGUUCCUGCCAGAAGCAAUGUGCUGUUACCGCAAGUCGCUUGCAAAGUCAAACAAUCCUCAGGAUAAGAUCACGCAGCUCCGAUCUGUCCUUCCCUGCCUUCGUAUCCAUUAUCUUCGAGAUAGUAGCUCGUACUUUCGGAGCUCUCAAAACUGCCAUCAACAAUUUGGAGGCGACCGCCUGGUGCAUAAGGCUCUUUCACAAGUCAUAAUCGAGCAAAAGUACUUUGACGAUGGAAGUGAGAGUGAAUCCGAGCGAAGGGAAGUGCACAGCAUGACAAUCGACAACGCACGUGACUAA